AUGACGAAGAAGAGGAAGAGAUAUCCCGACCUUAAUCAGAAGCUCGAGCGACCAUGGUGCUUCUACUGCGAGCGCGACUUCGACGAUCUGAAGAUUCUCAUAUCGCACCAGAAGGCGAAGCACUUCAAGUGCGAGAAAUGCGGUCGCCGUCUGAACACGGCCGGAGGUCUCAACGUGCACAUGACACAGGUCCACAAGGAGCAGCUGAACCAGGUCGAGAAUGCGAUUGCCGGCCGCGGCGGCCUUGAUAUCGAGAUCUUCGGCAUGGAAGGCGUGCCCCCGGAGAUCAUCGACCAGCACAACCAGCAGGUUACCGCGGCGCAUUUUGCGGACGAGGCAGCGCGGCAGCUGGCUACGGGCAACCCGACGCGAGGCUCGGGCUUGAACGGGGCAACCAAGCGCGCGAAGAAGAAUGAGACGCUCGAGGAGAUCCAGGAGCGCGCGGAGAAGUACAGGGUUGAUAGGGCGAACGGCGUGCUCCCGCUGCCUGUUGCAGACGUCCAGCUCGAGCCGACUCCGCCUGCCGCUCAACCCUUCGCUCCCCCGCCCGGCGCUGCAGGAUACGCCCCCGGCCAAUUCCCACCCGGCGCCGUUGCCCCCGUGCGACCAGGCAGUAUCCCCGGCGCCGGCGGACUCCCACAGCGACCGCCCUUUGGUGCACCACCGCCAGGUGCAUUCCCUCCGAAUGGCGCACCGCCCGGCACCGACUUUACUGCCUCGCUUGACGAUCUUAUCGCGGAUGCGCAGAAGCCUCCGACGGCAGAAGCCUCGGCGGAGAAGAAGAGCAAGAAGGACAAGAACAUCAGACUGGUGUUCUUCGAUGAGAUUGUCAGUCCCGAGGAGAAGAUGGCCGCGUUGCCCAGAUAUGCAGAGUUUGCGCGAGUGUGA